AUGGAAAAUCUAAAAGUACUGUUUAAAGACUACUUUAAGUGUGAUGCACAAUGCGGAGUACGCUGUCCAGGACGCGUGAAUCUCAUUGGCGAACAUGUCGAUUACAGUGGCUACGGAGUUUUACCAAUGGCUAUAGCGAUGUCGACCCAUAUUUUGGUAUCGUGGAGAGAUACAGAUGAAAUAUGUUUCGCCAAUACUGAUGCAGCUUUUCCUGCAGCUACGUAUAAACUUGAAGAGGUUUGGAUUGGGAAGCCAAUAAAAUGGUAUUAUUAUUUCUUAUGUGGUUGGAAAGGUAUAAUCGAACACCUGAAGUUGAGCCCUCGUGGAAUGAAUGUCCUUGUUUCUGGCUCGAUUCCUGUGAGCUCGGGACUUUCAGGAUCAAGUUCAAUAGUGUGUGCCGCAGCUUUGAGUGUUCUAACCUUGUACAGAAAUGAGCCUUUUGAGGUUAUGAGUAAGGCGGCCUUGGCAGAUUUGUGUGCCAAAAUUGAGCGGUAUAUUGGAACAGAAGGUGGUGGCAUGGAUCAAGCUAUUGAGGUUUUAGGAAAAUCUGGCUGUGCAAUGAUGAUAAAUUUUAAUCCACUCAAAGUUGAGGAAGUUCCUGUACCAAAAGGAGCACUUUUUGCUGUGCUUCAUUGUGGUACUACUUUGACGAAGUCAACCACUUCAAACUACAAUCAAAGAGUAGUUGAAUGUAGGAUUGCAGCACAGAAAUUUUUCGAUACCCAUGUUGUUUCACAGAUAAUGGCAAAGUUGAACGGAGUAGAGGAAUGGAAAAAAAUAAGGACGUUAAAGCAAGCUGCUGACGUCCUCGAAAAAAGUCCAGAUGGGAUGUUGCUGGUAGUGAAAAGUAUUCUUACGAAGCCCCUAUACUCCAGGGCGGCAGUUUUGGAGCUUCUUGAACUCGAUGACGCGGAAUUUGCCCAAACUAGUUUGUCGAGAAAUACACAAACAAUGGAUGAAUUCAAACUGCAACAACGGGCCAGUCACGUUUAUUCUGAAGCAGCUCGUGUGGUACUGUUUAAAGAUGCAUGCCAGGUUGGAGAUUUGCAAAGGCUUGGGAAGUUAAUGAACGAGAGUCAUGCUAGUUGCAGAGACAUGUAUGAAUGCUCUUGUAAAGAGCUUGACAAUACGGUCAAAAAGUGCCUUGACUGUGGUGCUUUGGGUGCACGAUUAACGGGUGCGGGUUGGGGAGGUUGUGUUGUAGCGUUGUUCACAGAAAAACGGAACGACCUUGAUGUUCUUUUUUGGAGUGAGCCGUCGGCUGGGAUUGAAGUAACGAAGUUUUAA